AAGAUCGAUUUUCAUAAGUGUUUUGUAGUGGUUAGUGCAAGUUUAUUUUUGUAUAGCUUACGUUGUGAUAUAUUAAAAUGUAGUACUGACUAGUAUAAAUGCGUCUGCUAUAUUGAAACUCUGUGAUCACAUUGUUUAUGGCACUAGCGUUAAAAACAGAUAUAAGGAUAAUUGUGUAUAAUUACCAUGGCGGAGUGCAAUGGUGGAUAUGAUGCCAAUUUUGUGACAGAGGUACAUGACCUAUUGAAAUGUGCUGUAUGUCAUUUUGUGUUAAAAAAUCCAGUAAUUAUUGUGGAGUGUGGACACAGGCUUUGUAAAGAAUGCUUUGAAAACACGAAAGAUUAUGCAAUAUUAAGAGGAUUUGAAUUGUUAUGUCCGCUCGAUAGAGCUUUGAUAGAUAAAGAAAAGGUUUUUCCAGAUAAAGGCAUUGAAAGAAGUAUCUUGGAUUUACCAGUAAAAUGUGAUAACUUUGACAAUGGAUGUGCAUGGACGAAUGAAUUGAGACAGUUACAGGUACAUGUGAAUGUGGAAUGUCCAUUCGAAACAAUCACUUGCCUUCAUGAUGGCUGUGACGAAAGAAUUAUGAGAGGUGCACUUCCACAACACGAGGAAAAGUGUCCUAUGAAGGAAUGCAAUCAAACGCAAAAAAUCAAGCAUUUAGAAUCUACUAUUGUUCAAAUCAUGGAAAGACUGGAAGUAUGUGAAAAUCAGUUAAAAUUAAAUGAUCAAGAUAAAAAAGAUAUGUCAACGUUAAUAAAGUUUAAAGAUGAGCAGUUGGAUAACCUGACUGCAAAUAUGAAAGAAAAAGAUUUGCAAUUGGAAGAGGUGGAAAGAAAAUUACAACAGAACGAAUAUGUAUUGGAUAAAAUAAUAAACAGCAUUGAAAAAUUAAAUAACAUAGUAAGUAGCAACGCAGAAAGAAUCAGCGCUAUUAGAAAGGGCGUCCAGGAUAACGAAAGCGUUGGGAGGAUUAAGAAAAGAUUGAACAAUCACGACAAAGUUUUGGAUGAGGUAAAAACAAAUUUUGCAGAAGUUAAAAUAUGUAUCAUCGAAAAAGAAAAUGGCGUCCAUGAGAAAAUUAUUCAAUAUUGUAAACCCUUUGAAGAAACAUUAAAAAAGACAAAUGCCCUAAUAGAUGGUUUAAAAAGUGAAAUAAAAUCUAUACGUCUUUUACAAGAAACUAUACUUGUGGGUUACUUCGAAUGGCAUAUCACAAAUUGUCACGAAACACGCUUAGAAGAGUAUACAGAAAGUUUGCCUUUCUCAACCUUAAAUGGUUAUUUAUGUUAUUUGUGUGCAGUGUGGCCAGAUGAAGAGGUAGAAGCUAUUGGAAUUUAUUUUCAUCUACUAUUAGGUGAGAGAAAUUGCGAUCUUGUUUGGCCAUUCAAUUUGAACGUUACCUUUGAGUGUUGUAGCAUAGACAACGUUAAACAUAAAAGGUCUAUUCAACUUGACGAGUCAGACACUUUAUGGAGAGAAAAACCGACUGAGGAAUCAGAAGGACUGGGUUUCGGGCAUUCCGACUUUUUGCUAAAACCAGAUCUUGAUAAAUGCAUAAUUGAUGAUAGCAUUACAAUUAAAUGUUAUAUAGAAACAAUGCAUAAGAAAUGUUCCUCUCUUGAUUAAUGUUCUAACUAAAAAAGUUUCAUUCUUGUUAUCUUUCCUUUAUGUAGAAUCAUCACAUAAUGAAGAGCAUUGUUAUUUAAAUUAGGUUUUGUUAUUAAGGCGUAUUAGAUUUUAAAGAAGUGAGUAUUCAUAAAUUGCUCUUAGAAUAGAUAUUAUAGUUUUGUAUGAAUAGGCCAGGGCAAGUAACGCGGGUUUUAAAUUUUUUAAAAGGGCGUUAAAGGCAUUCAAACACUUACAUGUCAAUUACUUUUCUUUUUUUUGUUUAAAUUAACGUUGCCCUUAACUUUAAAGGAUUAGCAGUUCCAGCAUUGGGCCGAAGAAUAUGAUUUUUCGCGUCCCGCGUCGCUACGUCUUUGGAAACAUAUAUAUUGUUAAUUAGUUGUUGUACUUGUAGUUCUUAAGAGAUAUAGAUGUAAUAUAUUGAGUUACGGCUACGGAAAGCACAGGGUGUGACUAAGCUGAAAUACUACUAGUGCGAGUUCUUGAGUCUUUCCUGUCUUAGAAAUUAGAAAAUAAAAAACGUUAUUUUCUGUUAAUCACAGAGAAUUGAGAAAUAACUAAGGUAUAUUCAAUUGUGAACGAUGCUAUUGAAAACACCCAUUUAUCGUGUCAUGUAUAACAAAAAUAAAUUUUUUACUCAAAGUCUCUCUACAGUAAUAAUAUGGCUUCGUUUUUUUUGUGUCUUAUAAUUAUAAAUUUUUGUAAUACAAAGUAAUUACGUAAAAAGGACGUGAUUAUUCUCUUUGUAAAUGCUUUUUAAAUUUAGAAUUUAGAGUAAGACAAAUGCUUCCGAGCUAAACUUUAAUCGUGAGGCUGUUAUUUACAUGUCUAUUCUAUUAAUACUAUGUGUUCAUUGGU